ACCGAUAUUGCCCUUCUAUAUGAACUUGCGCUUUUCAGUUUUCCGUUUUCGUUUUCGUUUCCGUUUCGUUCACCUUGUGUUUUUGUUUUUCAGAUGUUCUAAUUUCCGGGAUUUGGAGGGACGCAGCAGCCUUGGAGGACCCAUUACUACGCAGCUUGGUUCCAGAUCUUCUUGAUUUGCAGUUAGGAUCCAGGGCCCCGUCUACCUUAACCAAGUACAAGUCGAGCUGGUGGAGAUGGCGCGGAUGGGCGUCCUCGAAGAUUGGUGUCCCUGUCAUUCCGGAAAAGACCUUGCACAUUGCACUUUUUAUUACAGAACUUGCGAACGUUUGCCUUGCGAACAAUACGAGUGUCUCCCUCAUAGAAGCUGUUGUUUAUGGCAUUAAGUGGGCCCACUCUAUGGCUGGGCUAGAAAUAUGUCCAGCCAACCAUCCCCUUGUGAAAUGUUCUCUUGAGGGCGCGAAAAGAAAAUUGGCGCGUCCUGUUUGCCCGAAAGAGCCUUUAUCCGUAGUCGCGCUGCAGGCAAUUGCCGAAUGUUAUGUUUCGAGUAAUUCUCUUGCCACUCUUCGUUUUUUGUUCAUAUUGUUAGUUGGUUUCUAUGGGUUUUUUCGUAUUGAUGAAAUUAACAGUUUUUGCCUUAAGGAUGUGACCAUUAAUGCUGACCAUAUGUCUAUUUAUGUCUCCAAGCGAAAAAAUGACCUGUAUCGGGAAGGUCACACCUCUUAUCUUGCCAGGUCUGGGAAAUUUACGUGCCCAAUUUCCAUUACUGAACGAAUUAUUCAGGUUUUUUCGCAGUCUAAUUCAUCGCUUCCGCUUGUUCGUCGUAUUAUUAAGUCCAAAUCUGGCGAGUAUUUCCACGCUAGCAAGGGCGUGUCUAUUUCUAUUCUUAGAGAGGAAUUUAAGAAGUACAUCCAGCCCUUUGUUGACGACGAUUCAAAGUACGGCUCGCAUAGUAGGAGGUCUGGUGCAGCGUCGAAUCCCGCUUGUAGGCGCAUACCUGGCGAUUUAUUGGAUAUGCAUGCUGGGUGGAGGUGUCCUUCCUCGAAGAACAGAUACAUUAAACAUGCAAUUAAAGAUCGUUUAAGCGUUUCAAAAUCGCUUUUGCUCUGA